AUGGCCAACUCUACGGUAGAGAUCGACUUCUUUCGGAUUGAGAAGCAGGGAGCCCCCGGUCCAAUGUCUCCCUCCGCAGAGCUCGGUAGCUCGCCGUUCUCAGGUCUGUAUGCCUCUCUGUCUCUCUCUCUAGAAAUCCCGUGGACUGGAUCUCUCUAAUAUCCGGUUUUACCUCGAGAUUUGCAGGGAUCCAGAGAGUCGUCUCCCGGAUAAGCCCCGAGCUUCUGAGGACAGUCAUGGCCUCUGGCGUCGGGUGCUCCGGAGGUCCCGAGUUUUGGCGGAGAGAGAGCGGGAAGCCAUUCCUGUCCCUGAACACGUCGUCUUCUUCUCCGGCGAAGUCCCCGCCGAUCCCCGUCCUCGGCCCCUUCUCCAGGUGCUGCUCCAUCGACUCUCCUCCUCCCCACCGUCAUCCUCAGACGCCUGGAUCUCUCCCCCCGCACUGAUCUUCUCUCUCCAUCUGAUUAUCCAGAUCUUCUUCCCACAGCCCUCCCGAUACUGCUCCGCUGACGAUCUUCUACAAUGGAACAGUCGCCGAGUUCCACGUGCCCCGAGAUAAGGUCCGCUUCUCCUCUGCAACUCCCUCGUCCUCCUCCCUCCUGCGCUGUCCCUCUGCUCAGAUCCUCGUCCUCCAUGGAACCCCAGGCGGAGGCCAUCCUCAGGAUGGCGGAGUCCGGCGUCAUCGGGAAUCAGGAGCUACUGUGGCCGGAGGACUCCUACCUCGACGGAGGCGAGCACCAGAUCCCGAAUCCAUCGCCGCUACCGAGAUCUCGCCUCCUGAUCGAUCUUCUUCUCCCUCCCGCAGAUCUGCCGAUCGCGAGGAAGAAGUCGCUGCAGAGGUUCCUGGAGAAGAGGAAGGAGCGUUGCAGAGCACCACCACCCGAUGCCGGCUCUUCUCUCUCCCUCUCCUCGCCGCCGGACUGCUGCCGGAGCAGCGGCCCUUCUUACUAG